AUGGUGAUUCUUGUGGUCUACGCCCACAUAUCACGUAGUGGAGUGCCGGGAGGUGUCCAAGCAAGGAUCUCACCGGAUAACCGGAUUUACACAGACGAGAAUCCAUCCCCAUUUGCCGUCCGAUGGAUUUCUGAAGUGAGGCAGUACUGCCUGCCUUUGCUCUUCUACGUCUCGGGGGCAGCUUCUGCCUGCUCCUUCAAGCAGGCGCCGAGCGGCUUUGGCAAGAUCGCGAUCUACACAUUCUUAGGAGUCGCACUCAAUGGAGUCUUGUGGGUCAUGGGCCCACAGAAUCCAGAAUGUGACCCGGGAAGCGGCCCCUCGCGUCCAGAAUGCAAGGGGGCAGUCUUCGCCUUCACGAUCAGUCCAUGGUCUGGAAAGCUAUUCCCGAUUCUGUUCCAAAUGUGGUAUUGUGUUAUGCUCAUUGCCUUGAUGCUGAUCAACUGGCCUUUGUUUGCCUACCUUCACCAGAAACGCUGCCAUGUUGCUAUUCUGGGCGUGCAGCUCGUGGCUACGACCGGGCUCAUCACUGCGUUUGUGCUCCUCGCCGGUGAAGAGAUGGAGCAACCAUUCAUGGUGGCGUCCUUGAAGGUGGUCUGUGAAGCCCUUUUUCUGGCGGUUGCUGUUUUGACACGGCCCGAGUACCGGCCAACGUGGCUUCCUCUGCGCUUUAUUCACUAUAUCCUGGGAUUUUUGAUGUUCCUGGGCUUUGGCUGUGCGCCCAUCGCGCCACGCAUCGAAUCUAUUUCCGCUGGCUUCAUCCUCUACAUUUUCACAGGCUUUAACAAAUCCUUCCAGCUCGGAUUCAUUAUCACAUUGUCACGCCUACCAGGGCGUGAGGAAGCGUUGCCAAUUGUUAGCACCUACUGGCCCUUGCUGGUGAUUCUUCGAACUUUAACAGCUCCUUCCACCAGCUGGUUUGCGGGAGGCAAUUUGACGUACCCCUACUAUCCACGCUUGGUGGACCGCGGACUCUAUGCUGGUGGUGCCGUUGUCGUUAUGCUUGUUGUCGACAGGGUCGGUCGCCACAUUGAUUGCAAAGCACUUCCCGCGUCCAUGGCGAACAUGGCGCUAUUGCUUUACUUGCUUCAUCCAUGGAUUAUGGCGGUUCUGAUCGUUGCAACUCGCGGCACUUCCAUGGAAGAUGCUGGCACUUUGUGGCUGCUGUCGCUGGUAGUCGGCGCAUUGCUGGGGCUUUGCACCACGAUUCAGCCAAGGAGAGUCUGCAAGAAGGAACGCGACGGAAAGUCUUUGGCGACCUGCAACGGCGACUCCGAAAGCAGCAGCAGCAGCCAGGAGGAUGCCAUCUAG